AUGAAAUUUUCAUUAAGUGAUCUCCUGGAUGAUAGAGGUUUUUGUGGAGUGACUGCUGCUGAGAAGAAACCAAUGAUGCAGUCUGGUGAUGUUGAUAAAUAUUUGAACAAAGCUGACAACGCUAGCCAUGUGCUCAUGAACUCUGAUGACGCUUCUAUAAUUGGUGGUCGCUGCCUGCAUGGUAUGCAUGGUUUGGGGACUCAGCUGGAUUCUGUUGCUCAGAGAUUGAGUAGCUCAUCCCCUGGUGAAAAUCUGGACAACAAAAUCAGAAGGCCCUCCAAAUUAUGUACCUUUGAUGCUCAAGGCCGGUGCAAGAAAGGAAGGAGUUGCAUCUCUCUUCAUGAAAGAGAGGGAAUUGGUUCUGCAAAGGCUGGUCUGCUCGCACCAGCUGGUUCUGGAAAUCAUAGAGGUUUUGAAGAAGGAUCUCAAGUACAACAUAAAUCUGACUUGAAAGUGCCUCAGUUCAAGGAUUCAGAGGGUUUAUCAAAAGAUGAAAUGUACCGGAAUCUUAUUUAUGCGUUUGGCAAAGAUAAUCAGAUGGCGGCACAUCUUGUUGGUACACACAGCUCUCCCAAUCCUGGGGUUUCACAAAGGAUGCCUGUCAGCAUUGGUGAUUCAUUGACUGAAAAGCCUACUGCUCAUGCAAAUGAGCUGGCGCAGAAUCCAGUAGUUCAUGAGAAGAACAACAGAUGUUUCAUGGGACACCAUAUUGGCUUGGCCACUGAAAACUAUUUGGAUGCUAGAGGUACCUAUCCAAGAUUAGAUGGAGGUAUCUUUCAGUUUGGCACGGACAAGGGAAGCAGUGAUAGUGAUUCCCAUGUCUCAAGAACUUACCUUUCAGACUAUCCAUUUCAAUCGUUUGGUUUGUCCGUUUCAUCUGAUCCUCUCCAACUCGGUGAGAAGCUGUCAGCAUAUGGUGGAGCGACAAAGACUAUUCCUAACAUACAUCAGAAAGAACAUCACUCAUUCCAUGCUUCAUACGGCUCACAUAGCUUAACAGGGUCCAGAAAUCCUUGCUUUGCUACCUCCGAAUGUUCUUUCAGUAGCCCAUCUCUUCUAGCAACUUCUCAUCUGGGAAUACAGUCCCAUCAUCUGUUCACAUCUGAUAUUGAGAAGGCUGAUCUCCAUAGAUACCUUGAUGUUGGAAAGGGCUGUGGUACUUCUAGUUCUGGACCUGCAUUGCUUGUGGGCAGUGAACCUGAACCUUAUAUAAUGCCAGUUGGGCCCCACUCUCCAAUCAAGGAUGAGGUCUGGGAAACAUCAGUGCCUUUUGUACCUUCUUUUAGUUUUCCUGAUAAUACAACACCUUCAGAAAGUCAAUAUGACCCAUUUGUUGACUAUGUUGAACCUCCUAAAGUUGGGAAUACAAAUAAUCUCAAGCCCUCCAAUAUAUCCAGCAACAUUUCAAGUAAGCAUACAAAUCAGUACGCAAAUGCACCUGCUUGCUUGAUUGCUCCUGAUAGAGGACGCAGCUCUAGCUUGGAUGAUAUUAUCAAGGUCAAAGCUUAUGACAGAAAAAAGGAUGCAGCUUAUAACAAUGAGAAAACAAGGGACUUUCGCUUUCAUUUGGCAGAACAUAUAAAGGAGUUGGUCAAACCAAUAUGGAAAAAAGGUAAUCUGAGUAAAGAUGCUCAUAGACUGGUAGUGAAAAAAUCUGUCGAGAAGGUUGUGGACUCGAUUGAGCCAAAUCAAGUACCAACUACUGAAGAAUUGAUUACCAAGUACAUAGCCACCUGUGGACCAAAGAUAGAAAAACUUGUGAAGGCAUAUGUUGAUAGGCACAGCACAGCAUGUCAUCCAACCUUCAAGUACAGCAGCACUGAGAUGGGAGCUUGA